AUGGAGUCGCCAAGAUCCAUGGCCGUGCUUGUGCUCGUGUUCUUCGUCUUGUGCAGAGAUCUUGCGAGGUCACCAGCAAUGGCGGGUAACCAAGCUCAAGGAUUCGCGUUUCUCGCAGUGGGGGAGGCGGCGACGUUCACAUUCGUGAACCGGUGCACGGACACGGUGUGGCCGGGCGUCCUGUCCAACGCCGGCAGCCCAAGGCUGGAGCCCACGGGGUUCGAGCUCUCGCCCGGCGAGGCGCGAGCGGUGCCGGCGCCGGCGGGCUGGUCCGGCCGCAUGUGGGCGCGCACGGGCUGCUCCCAGGACGGCGCCACGGGGCGGCUCGUCUGUGCCACGGGCGACUGCGGCUCUGGCUCCGCCGAGUGCGCGGGCGCGGGCGCCGCGCCGCCGGCCACGCUGGCCGAGUUCACGCUCGACGGCAGCGGCGGGCUGGACUUCUACGACGUCAGCCUCGUGGACGGCUACAACCUCCCCGUGCUGGUGGAGACCUCCGGCGGCGGAGGCUCCACCGGGCCGGCGUCGUGCGCCGCGGCCGGGUGCGCGGCGGACCUGAACGCGAUGUGCCCCGCCGAGCUCCGUGCCGGGGGCAGCGCCGCGUGCCGGAGCGCGUGCGACGCGUUCGCGCGGCCUGAGUACUGCUGCAGCGGCCCAUUCGCGUCCCCGGCGGCGUGCCGGCCGACGGCCUACUCGCAGGUGUUCAAGACCGCGUGCCCGCGGUCCUAUAGCUACGCCUUCGACGAUCCCACCUCCACAUUCACCUGCGGCGGCGGCCCAGACUACACUGUCACCUUCUGCCCCGGCGCCACACCAAGGUCCGCCCUUCGAUUCACGGGUCACCCGUCUCUUCUCCGACCAUUGCAUGAUUUAUUGCUCAUUCUCAUCAUUCAUGUUGCAAUUUCUGAGGGGAGAGAGUGGUGA